ACAUUCCAGAGAAAUGGUAUUAUGUUCAGUAGGCGUUUUGACGGCGCGAACCGAGCACGCUUCCGAUGCAAAUCGAGGUCACGAUCAAUGACGCUUACUCAGACUCACGAAUAUUUCUGAUUAUUACGAAACCACGCCGUCAACGGAACGAUUACCUCAUGUCGUCUACCUCUAUUAUUAGAUAACCACGCAAGCCGGCUUCCAUUCACGCCUAGUGACCAUCUAACUGUUCAGCAGCACGAACGCGUCGCAGCCGCAAUGGCACAAAACAUCGCGCUCGUCUUCUACUUCGUGGCUGCAAUUUACACCACUACCAGCUACAGAAUACUGGGCAUAUUCCCAUCGCUGGACCGGAACAACUACCUCACCUACAAAAGUCUAUUCUACGAGCUCGCCAACAGAAACCACGAUGUCACCCUCGUCAGCCACUUCAGCCAACCAGAUGCACCGGCAACCUACAAAGAAGUGUUACUCAGUGAAAAUACGUUAGUGUACAAGGGAUUGUCUUACGAAUCAGUGAUCGUGAACGAAGUGAGUCGAGUGCCCUUCGAGACUCUGGUUGCAACUAAAGCCGGCAACGACGACUGCAAGACUCUUAUGAACAAUCACUACGUGCUCCACAUGAUAAGGACUCGGCCUCGAUUCGACGUGAUAGUAGUGGAAUCGUAUAACAGUGACUGUGCUCUGGCGUUGGCCGCGAAUUUGAGUGCACCAUAUAUCGCUUUCAGUUCGCAACCGAUUCAGCCAUGGCAGUACAACAGGCUGGGCAUCGGUUUCAAUUCCGCGUAUGUAACCCAAGCCGGGCUCCCUUACGGCAAAGAGCCUUGGUUCUUCGACCGGCUGAAGAGUUAUGUGUUGUAUCACGUAACGAACUGGGUGUACUACGUCGGUUCACAGGUGACCGAUCAUGUGUACCUGUACAAAUACCUUGGGGACAGUUUGCCUUCUCUUGAGAGCAUAGCCUCCAACGCUAGCUUGAUGUUUGUAAACACACACCCAUCGAUAUUCGGAGGUAUUGCCAGGCCAGAUAACGUUAUUGAUAUUGGAGGAAUACACGUUAGGCCACCGAAAGUUAUACCGACGGAAAUCGAAAGGUUUAUAAACGAGGCGGAACAUGGCGUUAUUUACGUCAAUUUGGGUUCCACAGUGAAAGACUCCACGCUACCCAAGGAUAAACUACAGGAGAUGUUAUCAGCGUUCAGCAAACUGCCUCUAAGGGUGCUCUGGAAAUGGGACGGCGGCAGUUUGGAGCUGCCGAGGAACGUUAUGACGAUGAGGUGGUUCCCUCAAUACGACAUUUUAAAACACGACAACGUGAAAGUGUUCAUCUCCCACACUGGUAUACUCAGCACGAUAGAAGCCGUCGACGCUGGUAUACCAGUGGUGGCCAUCCCACUCUUCGGAGACCAGUACGGUAACGCAGCGGUUCUGCAGGACGCUGGAAUCGCCUCCAUCGUGUCGUACCAGGACUUGAAGAAGAACUACCUUUUGGACGCUAUAAAUGAAGUUUUAGACCCCACAUUCCAACAACGCGCCAAACAAGUAUCCAGAAUCUGGCAUGAUCGCACAAUAUCUCCACUAGAAAACGCCAUCUACUGGACGGAGUACGUAGCUCGUUACCGCGGCGCGCCAAACCUUAGGACGCCAUCUGCCGACCUUCCGCUGUACCAGCAACUACAGCUGGAUGUACUAGCUUUCAUAGCCUUGGUGGUUUACAUCCUGUGCUAUGUUUUUUACAAAAUUUUAUCAGUUCUUUGUUGCUGUUGUUGUCAAAAUGAAAUUCAAACUAGUUCAGAGGAGAGGAGAUCUAAGAGGGUGAAAUUUGAGUGAUAUGUAGGUACUUAAUAAG